ACAUGAACACCACAGCAGUUAAAUCAAUCAAGUUUAUUUGUAUAGCACAUUUCGGUAACAAUGGAGUUCAAAGUGAUUUACUAUGAUAGGCAUUUUUCGAUAACCUAUGUAAAAUGAACCACAAGACAACUUAUGUGAGUUUUUACCAAGCUUUCAUGAAAGGAGAAGACACAGCGGACCGCUCCAGCGAGCUGCCCACCGCACGUUCUAACGUCCAGUUAGCUUGUCUUUUAUUAUCAAGGAAAAGAGGGAGAAUGGGAAAGCAAGAUGGGAGAAAAACUAUUUCUGCACACAGGCAGUUUCUCAAGUAAGGAGUAUUCCGGUAAAUAAAAAAGCAGCUGGAAACAUAAUUCAAUGUUAGGGAACACACAGUUAACUCCAAUAUACAUACAGUAGGAAGCCUGAACACUUUAAAUUAUGAAGCAAGUUAACUACUGUAAAAGUGAUAAUGCAUAGUUUCUAACAAAAUAUUUAUGGUGUAACCGAUUAUGAAACAAGCAAAUAUUUGUCAAAUGCAAUCAAAAUCAUCAAUAGUACAUAAAAUGUACUUAAAAUAUAUUAAUCUACGUUUCAGUUGCCACUGAUCAAAUUGAACUCUAAAAUUGGGUUUCAGCUUUGGUUAAUAGCUCAGUGUGUCAGCAUUUUUGCAGUUUUCUGGAAGUUUCUCCCAGAUCUUUGGUGCACUCACCGGCAUGGUUGUUGUUGGUCAGAAUAGAAUGUGACUUUUAGGAAAUACAAGCAUUGAAAAACUGCAGCUGUGUUAGCAAACAUAAACAAGCUCCAAGUGUAUUAGAGCUCGUUUAAGUAUGAAAAGUUUUCAUCUUAGUUUUACAAUGUUUUUAUUGAGCUCUCGCCAGAUCACAUAGAAACUUAUGAAUAACAACUGGAUCUGUUUAAAAGAUCCAAUUCUGUAUUAACAAUAAGCAUUAAUAUCAGCAUUUUGUAAAAAAUGAUUUCCAUCCUUAACGUCUUAGUAGCCAUAGCUACCAAACCUACGGAAGAAAAUUAGGGCCACUGAGAAAAAGAAGUCUGCCUUUAAUCUCAGAAUAGAUUAGAAUAAUAAGUAGAACAGUAAAAGUUUGAAUGUUUGACCUACAUUUCUCUGAAGCAAGCAGAUUUUGUGUAAAAAUAUUUAUUUUCAAAGACAUGCAAAAACCAAAUGGUAUAGAAGGAGUAUUUAAAACCAAAACAAGCUUGAAGUAAGCUUGGGAUUAGAUUUUUAUCUAAAGUUAGAUUUUGGUACAUUUUUUUAAACACUCAUAAAGAAUAAAAAGAAAAAAAUGCAACUAUUUGCAGGGCACCACUCCAUCCUUAAACGUUUAAUGACAUUUUAAAGACUAUGAUUGUGAGUGUUAAGACCAGUGUAGGGGUGGCCAGGUCACAACAUGAAGGAUCCAUCCUCCUGAUCUCAACAACCGACACACAAAGUUGAACAGUUGAUAAUUAUUUAUUUUAAAAAGAUGUAUUUUUGUUAAAGGUGUUACAAAUGGAGUACUUGGCUUCAGAGUGAACUAUUGCUGAAAACAAACAAAAGGAAACUACCCAAAAUAGUAACAGAAACUUACCUAAUAGAAAGUAAAUAUACCAAAGGACAAAAACUUACCGUCCUAACUAAGAAAAACAUGAGAAAGCUGAGGAAACAAACGGCAGCUCACUCCUACACUCCAGAACUCCAACACAGGUGAACAAAGGAAAGCGGCGUGGUCGGUGGAGACGAGUCGAGGAUGGAACACAGGAAAUCCGCUUCAGCAGCUUUUAUAUUCAUCACCUCCGGGAAGCAGCCAAUUAGACGUUACCGUCGUCUUCUGGAAAGCCAAUCAGGGACGGGUACCUGCACCCUCAUGUUGGUAUAAUUAACCUUACGACGCCGGUCGUAACAGUGAGAUAAGAACUGAAACUGAUUUUGGUCAACCCUGAAAACUAUCAGAACGUCUUUUCCACAGACCAUGUGCUGGAUCUCUGGCCUGGGUGUCUCUGGUGCAGCUGAAGGGAAACCACUUGGUUCACCACAGUUAGUUCCAGGUAACAUUUGCAGGUUAAUUAACUGCAAUUGAUAAACAGCAACCAACAAAACAUACAUUUUACAAGUCUCAUCGUUCAGCUACAACAAAGAUUAAUGCAGAGUCGAGCGCAGAAAAUGGUGAAAAAGAUCAUUUUAAGAAACUGUUCAGACAUAAAACCAGGACAACAGGAGAAUAUGACGAUGUGUGUUAGAAACCAAGGAGUUUAUAGUAUAUAUGUAUGUAUAGGUCAAAUAUUGUCUCUGUUGUUUGCUGGCCAGUAAUGAUUUGAUCUAUUAAUUGAUUAAUUUAAAAAAAAGUAAAUCUGAGGAACAUUGACGAUUCAGUGAGGAUGAUCAUCGUAUGAAAUCAUGUUAAAUACACUAUUGGGUUUGGAUCACUUUUGGGUUCUUCAUUAUUGUGCCAGAAAGGUCUUCCUUAGGUUUAGUUUUUUAUUUCUUGUCUUGUGUAUUUAGUCCAGUGUUAGUUUUUCCUCUUUGCGCUCCCCUCGCAGCUGUUCAACGUUCCCCUUGUAAAGUUACCUUUCCUCGUUUUAGCUAUUGUGAAGGUUACAUUCUUUUAUUUUGGUAACUUUCUUGUCAAGAUAUCUAUGGUAACUGAAUGCAGUUCUACCUGCCUUGGUUAACCGCAAUAAACAGGUUUAGAGGGAAAACAGACAAAAAGGAUAAAUAUCAAUUUAAUUUUAGCUUCAGUUGACAAGGGAAUUAGGUCAGUAGCUGGGAUUGAAGUUUAUUUGAGUGCCUGGAAAUAUUUAUGUUUAUUGAAAUGUUAAUGACAGGAAUUGUGCUGAUGUAAUGAGUUGAUGAAUGAUGAGGAUGCUUUAAUACAUCAUCAUUUAAUCAUCUGUUUUGACCUUUUAAAAACUCACUGGAUGCUACAUCCAUUAACUCAACUGGAUCCAGUGUCAUAGUCCACUUCUCCCAGUGUCUAUGGAUCCAUGAAUCCAUGAAACCAUGAAGGCCGGAUGUCUGUAGUUUUUGAUCCGAUUCUGGGGAAUGUUUUGAAGGCAGAGCUAAAACCUGACGUGUUGGAGAAAUCCAAGAGGGAUAAUGCUGCAUGAACUAAGGAAAGUUUCCUCUUUAAGUGAAACAAAAGAGAAAGUGUAGACAAGGUGAGAGGGGAAAAAAGCAACUGGAUGUCAGAUUCAGUUUGAUAUUUACAAAAAAAAAUCUUAAUAUUUAGAGUUAGAAAGAACCAGACGGUCACAGUGACUAUUGUUAAUCCGUCCUGAAUUUUCACCAAAGAUGUAAAUCUGGAUUAAUUUAGUAAUUUGAAUUCAGUUUCUCUGACUGAAACAGUUGUCCUUAAUUGUUUUUUUUGCAGAUAGUAAACAUUUCAUAAGUUGAUCAAGCCUCUUUUAAAGGACAAUAAUCUUGAUUCCUUAGUAAUAAGUAAUGACAGCCCCACGGCUAACCUGACAAGUUUAGUUAAAGAUAAUUGAAAAGUCAGUUGAUGUCUAGUCUGUCUUGGUGAUCUGGAUCUCAGCGCCGCAUUUGAUAUAGUUGAUCACAACAUCAUAACUGAUAGAAUGGAAAAGCAGACAGGAUUUAUCUGAUCCUGUGCUAAACUGGUAAUUAUAAAAAAAAGCAAACAAAGCAACCCGUGGGGUACCUCAGGGCUCCAUUCUCAGACCACUUUUAUUCAACAUCUACAUGGUCUUAUUAGGCCACAUUAUAGAGCUCUAUGGUAUCUCUAUGGUAAUAUCAGACCAGGGUUCCUCAGAUCGUGUCUGGCAAUAUUUAGGCAUUCCCCUGGUCCAACCCACCUGGAUCAAAUGGCUUAAUUACACCCUCAGUGUAGGUUGAGUUCUCCUGCUAAUUACCUUAUUGGACUCAGGUGUGCUAAUGCUGAGACACAGGAGACCAGCCCUCAUGAAGAAAAAAUAACCGGCCAAAAUAGAUCACAUUACACCAGUCAUUACCAACUCCGCUUCUUAAUAAACGUAAUUAAACAACAAAACAAAGACAAACAAACAAGUGGUGGUCUGUAAAGCCCUGAAUGGUCUUGUGUCUAAAAAUAUUUCAGCUGCUCAAAUCCCAAAGCAUUAAGAGGCUUUCCUAUCUAUACAUGUAUUAUCUCCCAAAAAAAUUGUACUAUACCUUCAAUAUUUUUCAAAUACUUGAGUAUCGUGACACAAAAAUCCCCAAAUAGUAGUGGAAUUCAUAAUAUGAGCGUAUGAUUUUUAUAUAAAGUGCAAUGCAAGACAAGCAUUAUAGAAACAAAUGGAGAAAAAGAACAGAAAAAGAAUUUGCCACCCCCGACUCCCUCAAAAUUGUUCCCCUGGGCUACUGCCGGUGAGCCCUUUCUAUAGUUUGAUUCAGACAAUAUAUGAUAUAUUUAUGUUUAUGUAUGCAUUUCUGCAUAUGAAUGAAUUCAUACAAGUUGUAAUGUCUUUAUAUAUAUACCCCAUGAGGGACACAUCAAUACUUUUCUGCCAUAAACAUGAAUGAAAACAAAACACUUCCUGUUAGCGAAAGAGCUACACAGCCACAAGAAUUUGUUUAGCAAAUAUGCCGCAUUCAAUGCAUGUACGAACUAAUCUAACUGUGGACUAUGACUCACAAACCUGCGCCACUUCUUUUUCUGUUCAUUGUGGGUUUCCCUAGAAAUGAAAGUGGAAUAAUUUAUUUAUUUUUAUUUUUUUUAAAGAAACAGAAUCCCUGUUUCGUAACAUAAAUAUUACUGACACCUUUCCGAACAUAAUGUGGAGGUGAUUCAGUUGUUUUGCUUAUUUUUGUUUUUCCUGAAAUGAUCAUCAAACUGGCUGACACUCCCUUUGCAUACCAGCCAUGUCAGGCAAGAGACAAGAAUCAGUACCUUCCCCAAGUGGUUUCUAGUUUCAUUUCUGCUCUGCUGUCAGAGGGAAGAGGCACCGACUUCACGGAGGCAGACAGAGCCUGAGAGACUUCUCCGAAAACAUAUCCGGCUAUGUGUGGACUGAGCCUGACUCAGAAACAAAGUUCCUAUUGAGAACAGGUAAAAACAAAAUUAUUGAAGCAAUAUCUGUUGUAAUGAUGUUUUACUUUGCAGUUUCACAAAUCUCGCAUGUCUUUCAUCUACAGGUGAACAAGGCAAAAAUGUCCAGAAAAACAGCACUGCCCACAUCUGCAGGCAAAAAGCUUUUUUCAGAAGAAAUCAGAGAUUUCUUUACUGUUCUGGAUGUCAUUUAUGCAGAUCAGUUUGAAGAAGAGACCAUAGACCAAGAAACUGCUGAACAAGCAGAAAAGAAGUUUCUCAGAGGAGCACCAGCUGAAUGGUUAAACUUUCACAUCAGUGAUCUGGCUGAGUCAAAUGGCACGGGAUCUUCAUUAAUCAAAAGAGAUGGGUAUAAAAGACUUGUGCAGCAGAUUCACAAACGGAGAAACUACAUCGGAACACCAACAGUUAAACUGCUUCACCAGCAAGGAUGUGGGGGAACCACACUGGCCAUGCAAGUAUUAUGGGACAUGAGAAAAACCCUCAGAUGCGCUGCCUUAAUGGGUUCCCCUCUGGAGUGCACAAAGAUUGCAAAGGAAGUUGUUCACCUUUUUACUGGAGGCAGCAAAGAUGAUCUCAACACUGUGCUGCUCUUGAUAAAUGAAGAGUUCACUUUGGAGCAUCUUCAGGACAGCAUCAUGGCAGAGAUCGAAGAACAGCAGAUAGAUGUUGAUAUUCCUGUGGUAAUUUUAUUCAUCUGUGUGAGAAGUGACCACGCCGUACUCAAAAUCGAACACUACAGAGAACAAGAGGGCUUCAUGAAGGGUCAUGACACUGACUGUGUCAUCCUCAAAAGAACCCUCUCAGACACUGAAAAGGAAGAACUGAAUACCAAGAAGGAAGAGCUCAGACGAAAAUAUGGAGCCAAAGCCUCCCAGUUCCAUGGUUUCAACAUACUACACAGUAAUUUCUCACGGGAUUAUAUCCAAGAAGCAUGUGCUGUCCUUAACACGGUUGGAAGGAAAAAGAAACCCUUGAAGACACAACUUUUUUCCUUCCUGUCCUUGCUGAAUGCCUAUGUACCAGGCUCCUAUCUACUAGAGUCUGACUGCUUAGACUUCCUCAGACAUGACAACUCCCUGGAGGGCGACAUCUCACUGGUGACCCGAAUGCAGCCUUUCAGUCAUCUCAUUAUCUCUUUUCAACAUCACAAAAGGUAUGAGAACAGAAUCCGGAUGGCUCAUCCAAUGAUUGCAAAGCAUUGCACUGAACUACUGGCUAUUGCAGGAGUGCCCAGAAGUGACACGGCGAGAAACUUCUUGCUCCGAUUUUGUCCAGAUGAGGUUUCUCCAUGUUUGCUUGGCUUCAUCAAGGACUUGCUGACAAAACGAGAGCAUAAAAAGGAUGGGUCGAUCGAAGAUUCGGAUCUGGAGAAAUUUUCUACUCUGAUUUUGCACAUUAACGAGAUAGAAGAUAAAAACCAGAGUGCAUCGGUUCUCAAGGUUGCAUCAAAGAAGUUUGAUAAGAACUCUUUGUUCCCCCAGGCACUUGCCAGGCUUUGUUAUGGAGAACUUGAAGACUUCAAAGAGGCUGAAUUUUGGGCAAAAGAGGCAAUAAAACGUGACCCCAAAAAAUCUGUUAUUGCUGACACGUUGGGCCAAGUUCAUAAAAACCAUCUGAGGAACAAAAAGCUUUCAAUUGAACCAAGAGAACUGUUGCAGUUGGCCCAGAAGGCCAUUGAAGCUUUUGAGCAUGAAGAAAAACUUGCUGAAGAGGAACACAGGAAAAGUUUGACAGAAGAUGAGAAAUCUAAAGUCAUGUGGGGUUUAAACACCAGAGGGCAGUUUGGUUUCCUGCAGGUCUGUAACAUUCUCUUUGAGCUACUCGUCAUCCAAAAUGAGACUUGGAAGGACGUGCUUACAAAGAAUGUGCAGAUGGGCUCCGUCCUGGAAUCACUUGGAGACAAACAACUCGUUAGGUUCAGGGACCUCAUAGAGAAUCUCAGGGAGAAAGUUGAGAAAAAAAUGGAAUUCUUUGACACCUUCCUCACUUAUUCACAGUCUGUCCUGAGAAAAGACAAAGCUUAUGUUUCUAGAGAAGCUUCAGCAUGCUACAAAAAGUAUGUUGGAGAUUCUGUCCCUGAACACAAUGACAGACUCCAACAGACCUUCCAAAAACUGAAGCAGAAACUGGCCAUCACCUCUGCUGGGGUCCUCUCAUGUCUAGACCGAACAUGCACCUCACACAUUGAAUAUAUCAUAGAGUGGUGGAGGGAAAUUUCACAAGGAAAAAACUCCACUACUGAUGCUUUUGUCAACUUUAUACUUGCAAAGAUCAUGCUUUCAAACAAAAACAAGGCAAUAUCCAGUUAUGAUUAUAAACAUGAUUUAAAACUAAGAAAGCCACCGUCCUCUGUCACACAAGCAGAAUAUCACCUUCUCUCUCUGCUUCUGUCUUGGCCUACAAAUGAUGAAGACAAACCAGUUCCCGAUCUCUAUCAGUUAAUAAAAAGUGCAAGUCAUGCUUAUGAGCGAGAAUACAAGGCGAUGUAUAGAUCAAGAUACCUCCGACCUCUGUUUUUUCUUGGACCAGGCGUAAGCUUGAACAGAUUUGUUCACCGACGGGUUCUUGAGAUCUUGUGGACCAAAGAUGCACUGCAAGAAUCAAACACAAACUGGAAGAAUGAGAGUAUCUUCAGAGAUUCCAUAGUUGAAGAACGCCUUCUCAAAGUUGAAGGAGUGGUGCGAAACUACAGAGUCUAUGCAAGAUUCAGAGACACCGAAGUUGAGGUAGACGCAAACCGAAGGGAUUGUCUCUGCAGAUCAGGUCAUGUCUCCUUCUACAUUGGAUUUACCAUCAAAGGUCCAGUAGCCUUCAGCAUUCGGAGAAGAGAACUGGUCACCAAGGGAGACCAAAAAAUAAAAACCCCUGGUCACGCAGAUGGUAAGAAAAUACCAUUUGUUCCGACUUUAACUGCUUUUCAAGUGCAUUUGUGAUGCCAAGACUACAAUAAUCACUAACAUUUGUUCUCCUUAUAAUUUUGUCCUUCUGAAGAAGUGUUUAUAUUGUUGUAUGAUUGCAGCAAGCAGCAAUGGAACGACUGAAACAGGACAGAAGCAAGGCGCUGAUGUGGUCUAGUUAAAGACCAGAGAUGAGGCUGAGAGGACUGUAGCGGGGCCGAAGUCCGAAAUCUGUGAAUGAAUGGACACAAAGUUAGAAAGAAGAGCGUGAAUACAUUUCACUGUUACUUUACUUUACACUGUUACACUGCGAUGACGUCUUUUAAAGAUGGUUAUGUAAUUCACUGAGUUUUGUAUUGUUUAUGAUUUGUUGUUUUGUGAAAUAAUUACUCAAAAAGAUGUCAUAUGGAAGACUGUUGUUUUGGGUCUUGGGGAGGAUUUUCUUAAAUGUAUUAUUUUUUUUAUUACAACAGAGAAAAAAAAGAGGUACUAACAUUUUUAUUUUGUCCUAAUAUUAUUUCCCAAAUACAUCUACUAUUUUAUCAAAUGUUCAGUAUUACUAUUAAUUGAAUUUUCUUCUUGUAUUGAGCCAUGCCUUUUUUUAUAUACGUGCAAAAUUUGUGCAAAUCUUUGUUAUAUCUUUGUCUUCUGUUUCAUUUAGAUUUUUUGCUACAUCAAGCUCGUAAACUUGUGUAAUGACAUUAACAUGUUUUCUGACACAUAAAGCCAAAAACACCUCUAUCCAUAAAAAUGAAAGCAGAACUUUUAAUCAUGUAAACACUAUUCAUUUCUUCCAUGAAAAAGUAAACAUUUCACCAGACACUUGAGCAGCAGGUCAGAUGUGUUGCUACUGUUUACGCUCAUUAAAACAGAUUCAUUUCUCCUGGAGAGCAAGUCAUUUAAAACACUCAUUUGAUGUAUGCCUUUAAUAUGUGACAGUACACUAAUAAAGUAUGAAAAAUAACUGAUUUUCUGUUUACCUUACAAAUGUGAUGAAAGAUAAUUGAUUAGUAAAGCACACAAUCAACCUUCUAUGGUUGAUUGUUUGCAGUGAUUCAUGCAAAAGGAGAUUCAACCAACCAACACUGUUCAACACAGUGUCACACUCACACAAUUACACUGAUAACCGGAGUUCCCACAGGACUCAGUUUUUGACUGAAGUAAAACAGUACAAUAAUAAAGUCAAAGAGCUUCAAACCUCUUGAAAAACCUUGAGAGAGACUCAAAAGUGCAGGUUGAGAAGAUUGAGGCAGAAAAAAGGCGAGUGAUGUCUCCAAUCACAGCAUACAAUUUGAAGUUUGAAAAGCAUCAAAGUGAAGUGAAGAAACUUGAGUCUGAGGUGUCCCGAAAGAUCAAUGAAAUCGGCAUGAAGAAUAGUGAGAUUCUGAGAGAAAAAGACAAGUACAAACUUCUUGAGGCCAAGGUAAAAGCUCUGGAAAAGCAGUUGAAAGAGGCAGAGAAGGAAAAAAAUUAUUGAAAAGAAACUUCCAAAAACUCCAAUGAAGGAAGCCAUAGAUAAAACAAAGCAAGUGUUUAAUGCAACGAUCAAUUUAUCUUCAGGCAUGUUAGCUGUGGAAAAACAGCGAAACAGAGAAUUAAAAGAGCGUCUGAUGAAAAAAGAACACCAGGUGAGUAAACUCAUGGAGCAGCAGGCUGAGACCUCCAAGCUCUUAGCCUUACAACAACAGAGAGAGACUGCGGCUGUGAAA